GAUUGUUGUCAGGGACUCGGGGAAGCCUUCAUCAUGUCGCUGCAGUUUACAGAUGAGGAGUUUCAGAGCGCUUGGAGGGAGCUGGAUGAGCCGCAGCUGGAGGGAGGAUGGGAGCUUUUCACCGAGACGAUGGGAGUGAAAAUAUACCGACUUUACGACAAGGAAACAAGACUUUACGAGUACAAAGUCUUUGGCGUGCUCGCCGACUGCUCUGCAGAGCUGUGUGCAGAUGUCUACAUGGAUUUGAUGUAUCGGAAAAAAUGGGAUGGGUAUGUGAAAGAGCUCUAUGAGAAGGACUUUGGUGGACAGAAUGCGAUCUACUGGGAAGUCAGUUACCCAUUCCCUCUGUCCAACAGAGAUUACGUGUACAUGAGGGAGCGCAGAGACCUGGAAGUGGACGGCAGGAAGAUCUGGGUGAUCCUGGCCAGAAGUUCUCCAGAGACGGCGUGUGAGGAGAAGAAAGGAAUCCUGCGGGUGAAAGACUACAAGCAGAGCGUCGCCCUGGAGAGCGAUGGAGCCUGUGGAACGAGAGUGUUUCUGAAUUACUUUGACAACCCUGGAGGAAUGAUCCCUACCUGGUUGGUGAACUGGGCAGCUAAGACUGGAGUUCCAUCUUUCUUAACAAACAUGCAGAAGGCCUGCAGCGACUACAGCAAGUACUGCCAGGAGAAAUGAAGGCCGCUGAUUGGAUCGUUCAUGCACAAGAGCUGGGUUUGAUUUCUUUGUUUCAGGUUUUGGUGGGUGUUUUAAAGUGAUUACAUAUGAUUUUGUGAAUGGGGUGAAUGUGGCAUGGUGUCCGCUGCUACUUAUGGUGUAGCAUGGUGUUUACUGACUCAGGCAUGAUGAGCAUGACCGGCCGCCCUCGUGCAAAGGCUGGAUUGGAAUCAACUUAAAUGCUGUAUUAAUCUGUAUUUUAUGUACAAUCACUGGAUGCUCUGAUCCCCUGAAGAUCCUGGAGCUUUCCUGCAAUCUUUAUUUUAUAUCAUUUUUUAUCACAACAUUUUAAUGUAAUGUUUUUUUGCUGAAACUCUGAGGGGGCAGGCAACGGGGAAAAAAUGGCAACCCAAAGUCAAACCCUAAGUUACAUUUUUUCCGCCCUUUUUUUAAAAGUAAAAAACAAAACAAAAAAGUUAAAAAGUCAUGUCAAGGGCUUGGGCAAGAUAGACAUGGUCUAAUGUAUUUUUUACAUUUUUAUUUGAAGUUAUACUUUUGGGCAUUUUGGCCUUUAUUUGAUAGGACAGCUGAAGAGACACAUUAAAUUUGGGGAGUGGAGGGUGGGGGAGGACAUGCAGUUAAUGGUCCAGGCUGGAAUCAAACCUACGACAUCUGCGACGAGGGCUAUGGCCUCUGUAUAUGGUGCACAUGCUUAGACCACUAGACCAAAGGCCCCCCGACUUGGCCUUAUGGUUAAGUUGCACGCCCACAUAGCCUGCUGCCCCUUUCCUGCAUGUCAUUCCUCCACUAUCUCCUUGUUUCCUACUCUAUCCCGUCCUCUCCUCUAGAAAUAAGAGUUGAAAAGCCCCCAAAACAAAAAAAAGUUAUGUCAGAGGGUGAUGGGGUCGAGUGGUCUAAGCACCCCACAUACUAUAGAACUCAUCACAGAGGACCACAUGCUGCAUGUCUUCCCCCACUCUCUACUCCCUCCCCCCCAUAAAUGCCCAAAAAUACAACUUAAGAUCUACCAGGAUGACCUCCAAACAUUUAUUUCUUUGUGUCUGAAAGCAGGUGGAAAAUGUGUUUUUCCUUGGAAAAAAAACAAUCAAAUUUUUCACUUUAUUUGUUGUUGUAAUUCUCGUUUCAGCCACAAGAGGCUGCACCACUCCCCAAUGUUCUGAAAAGGACUUUAAAGCACUCUUACCUCUAUGCACUCCUAGAAAUCAUGAACUCCCUUAGUUUAGAUCACAUUCAGAUCUGUCCUCCCUUGCCUCUUAAAGCCUCUGUAGUUCUGGAUAUCUAUAUGCUGAAACUGUGAUUAGUUACAAAGACAGUAUCUUACUUUGGAUUCAUUACUUGACCUUGUUUGAAAUCCACUAACUGUACAUGUUUAAGGUGAGAGAUGCAAUAUAACUUGAUUUAUGUUUGUUCACAUAUGAAUCACAUGGUUGUUGAUUUCAUUUCACUGGAACUCAAUCAUUUGUCAUAAUGUGGUGAAAAUGACAAAUCUGUAGGAAUGUUGCCUGGCUCAUUAAUUUUAAUGCAAAGGUCAUGUUAUGAUAUGCUGGAAGAUACAGUAUGUGAUAUUAUACUGUUGGGAUCAGUACCCCCGGGUGAAAUCAGGUGUAUAUAAUUUAAUCUAGACUGGAAAUGCUGAUUACUGUGUAAUACUGCUGAAAUGAAUAAAGUUUUAUUUGAAAUCUAA